ACCUCUGCCCGACUGGCUUGCGCGCCGCAGAAAGCGAAGUUUGAAGGACGAUGCCGAAUACCAGAAUCGUGUCGAGCUUCUACAAGAUUUCGAGUUCGAAGAGGCCAGUAACUGUAUCCGUGUCAGUGAGGAUGGUGACUGGAUCAUGAGCACAGGCACAUACAAGCCGCAGAUUCAUGUUCAUAACCUGCCUCAGUUGUCGCUGUCUUUCGCUCGUCAUACCAACUCCCUCAACCACUCAUUCGAGCUCCUGUCAACCGAUUACUCCAAAUCCCUUCACCUUCAGACCGAUCGCCGCCUCGAAUUCCACACUCCCAUGGGCUGCCAUUAUGAAGUCCGUCUUCCCAGAUAUGGUCGAGCUCUUGUCUACGACCGGCAAUCUACCGAGGCUCUUGUGCCAGCCGUGGGCUUGGAUGGCGAUGGCAAGGGCGAGGUGUUCCGCCUCAACCUUGAGCUGGGACGCUUCAUGAAGUCAUAUCAGGUCGAUGUUGGUGGCGACGAUGAACUUACUGGGGGCGGUUUACAAGGAGGUAUUGGGGUUGGCAGCGUCAACACGGCUGCUAUCGCUGAGAAUACCCACAACCUGCUCGCUUUUGGAACUUCAAUAGGAACAGUUGAGUUUUGGGAUCCCCGAUCCAAGUCCAGGGUCGCCUUGCUAAGCGGCCACGAAGGUGAGGUUA